AUUUCUAUAUCUUUUUAGGGUUUAACACUUGAAUUGGGGUUUAAUUCAAUUGGGUACCCCCUUUCUCUCCUCACCAUUUCUCACUCAUCACUCAAAACUUAAUCAUGUGGGCGAUUCGAAGAACCUCCUCAAUUGCUCUCAGGUCACGAACGUUUUCAGCAGUUACCUUUCGUGCUUCUUACACCGAACACAAAAUAUCAACUUCUGGUCACGUGGAUGGAACUCAAAUCCCCGAGCCUUCACGUGGGACCCGUUUAUUAAAUGGAUAUUUUUCAUAUCCACAUUCCCAACCCACUUUAAAUUAUCACUAUUCUUCGCUGGCGGGCACAAAAUCCAAUGGAGAAGAAGAUGAUGACUUGGUGGAUGGGUUUUCCGAGCUGGAAGAUUCUACGACAGAUGAAGUUCAAGAAAAGAAUGUUGAAGACGAAAGUGAUGAUGGUAUUGUUUCAGAACCCGAGCUUUCUGAAGAUGAGGAGAAUGGUAUUAAUGUACCUGAAAAAACCCGUAAGCCGAAACGGGCUUCUUCGGUGUUGUUUAAGGUUAUAAUGGAUUCACCGGCGGGUCCCGUUCAAAAGGCACUUGAUAAGUGGCUUGAAAAAGGUGAAACUAUAAGCAGAUCGGAUGUAUCUGUAGCUAUGCUUGAACUCAGGAGGCGUAGAAUGUUUGACAAAGCUUUGCAGAUGUUAGAGUGGCUGGAGUCCCGAAAACAAUUGGAAUUUACGGAAAAAGAUUAUUCUUCUCGUGUUGAUUUGAUUGCAAAAACACGUGGUCUUAACGCUGCAGAAAUUUACAUUGAAAAGAUUCCCGAGUUAUAUAAAACCGAGAUGGUGUACCGAACUCUUUUAGCUAAUUGUGUUCAAUCCGUUAAUGCAACAAAAGCUGAAAAAGUUUUCAACAAAAUGAAGGAAUUGAAAUUCCCGAUAUCAGCCUUUGCUUGCAACCAGUUACUUCUUUUAUACCGGAAAACCAGUAGGAAAAAGAUACCCGAGGUGCUGGUAUUGAUGGAAAAAGAAAACGUGAAACCGACACUUGUUACUUAUAGAGUGUUGAUUGACAUUAAAGGUCAGAGUAAUGACAUAAAUGGGAUGGAGCAAAUUGUUGAGGCGAUGAAGGCUGAAGAAGCGGAACCCGAUAUCAAGAUAAAGGCGGUUUUAGCUAGGAACUAUAUAUUUGCAGGUCUCCAAGAAAAAGCAAAAGUGAUUCUACAAGAUAUCGAAGGAGAUGACCUUAAAGAAAAACGUUGGGCUUGUUCGGUAUUACUUCCACUUUAUGCGGCACUUGGAAGUGUUGCUGAUGUCAGCCGAGUGUGGGAUGUAUGCAAGUCAAACCCACAAUUUGACGAGUGCAUGCAAGCUAUUGAUGCGUAUGGAAAACUAAAGAAAGUAGAAGAAGCCGAAGCGGUGUUUGAUCAAAUGGUGAAAAAAUUCAAACGAUCUUCAUCUAAACUUUAUGCAACAAUGUUAAAAGUUUAUGCAAAUAACAAAAUGUUGUCGAAAGGAAAGAAUCUGGUGAAACAAAUGGCGGAAAGUGGUUGUCAAAUCGGACCGUUGACUUGGGACUCUUUGGUCAAACUGUAUAUCGAAGCUGGCGAGAUUGAAAAAGCUGAUUCGAUUUUGCGCAGGGCUUCAGAGCAAAACCGUAUGAAACCCUUUUUUGAGACUUAUUUGUUGAUUAUGGAUCAGUAUGCAAAAAGAGGAGACAUACAUAAUGCUGAAAAGAUUUUUCAUAGGAUGAGACAAGACGGUUAUGUGUCGAGGAUGAAACAGUAUCAUAGUCUUUUACGAGCAUACAUAAAUGCGAAAAGUCCUGCUUAUGGGUUCAGAGAACGGUUGAAAGCUGAUAAUAUUUUCCCAAACAAAGCGUUGGCGGAACAGUUGGCUCAAGUUGAUGCUUUCAAGAGGACGGCAGUUUCUGAUUUGUUGGAUUGAGUAAGAUUAGCAGAUGUUAAGGUUGUUUUAGUCAACAGUUGGUAAUGGGUCUUUUUGUUGACUUCGUAAUGAAAAAAGAGGUUUAUUGAUAGAUUUAGUUUUUUAAGUAUGCUAUGCAGAAUGGUUGAUUGUCUUGUUGCUUUAUUAACUAUUGGUUUAUUGUGACUUAUUUACUCUCAACUAGUAUCAAAAUUCUCUUACCAGUUA